UCUCUGUUAGCCAUGGCCCAGGAGACGAACCAGAGCCCGGUGCCCAUGCUCUGUGCCACCGGCUGUGGUUUCUACGGCAACCCUCGAACCAACGGCAUGUGCUCCGUGUGCUACAAGGACCACCUGACGCGGCAGCAGAGCAGCGACCGCAUGGACCGCAUGGGCCCCCUCAGCCCCAUGGGGUCGGCUGGUAGUCCCGCCUCUGAGGCCUCGGCCAUCCAGAGACUAGAAGCCAGUCUAGCCAAGGUGGACGCCUCCCCGGCCUCGUCGCCCGACAUGUCCAGUUUGUGCUUUCCAGGGUUCGACUGUCGCUGUGGCAACCUGUUCUGUGGCAUCCACCGGUACUCCGACAAGCACAACUGUCCCUACGACUACAAGGCGGAGGCCGCCGCCAAGAUCCGGAAGGAGAACCCCGUGGUGGUGGCGGACAAGAUCCAGAGAAUAUAGAGUUAAUAAAACAGACUGGAGAACGA